CACCAUCUGAAGCAGACGCAACUUCGCACAACGCUCGAACAUCAUGUGGCAGUUCAUAAGGUCACGAAUACUUACGGUGAUAAUCUUCAUAGGAGCUGCUCAUGGAAUACUGGUUGUGGGCCCCAAAUUCAUUCGGGCCAACCAGGAUUACACGGUUGUGAUCAGUAACUUCAACUCGAAUGUGAGCAAAGUGGACCUGAUGCUACAGGUGGAAGGCCGAUCCAAUGAUGACAUGAGUGUGCUGAACUUAACGGAGACGGUUGAUGUGCGACGAAACAUGAACAGGAUGAUCACCUUCAAUAUGCCUGCGGACUUAUCAGCUGGGAAUUACACAUUCACAAUCGACGGACAGAGUGGCUUCAGCUUUCACGAGCAAGCCGAUUUGGUGUUCCUCGGUAAAUCUGUAUCUGGUUUAAUACAGACCAAUAAACCCGUAUUCACGCCGGGAGAUACGGUUAAGUUUCGUGUGAUAGUGCUAGACUCUGAUCUGAAGCCUCCGGAACUGGUGAAAACAGUUCACGUAACGAUCCGCGAUCAAGAUGGCAAUGAGAUCGAGAAGUGGCCAUCGGCAAAACUUCACGCCGGAGUGUUCGAGAAUGAUCUGCAACUCGCGCCAACGGCAAUGUCUGGAAUGUGGAACAUCACGGUGCAGAUGGACGGAGAAGAGCUCGUCUCGAAACCGUUUGAGGUGAAGGAGUACGUGUUGCCAUCGUUUGAUCUUGAGGUACUAGCAUCAGUAAUUCCUCUGGAGGUACAUCAAGGUUUGAAUCUGACGAUAGCAGCCAACAACUAUCGGCGAAAACCUGUGAAGGGGUUGGUCAAGGUAGAACUUUACUUGGAAAAAGACGUGCUAGACCAGGAAAUAGAGUUUGAAAUGUACGGCAUAAAGCAGAUGAAGCUGCCGUUCGUUGACCGCUUUGAGGUGCACGAGGAUCAAAAAGAUGUGUUAUUGAAGACGACCCUUAUUGAGCAGCACACAAAUCGCACCGUAGUGAAAGAAUCUCGGAUCACUGUGUACAAACAUGCUUACCGUGUGCAAUUGAUAAAGGAAACGCCGCCGUUUCUACCAGGGCUACCAUUUAAAUGUGCGCUUCAGUUCCGAUACCACGAUGGAACACCUGCCCAAGGUAUCAGCGGGAAGGUGGAGAUACUGGAUAUUGGAUACGAAGCAACUGCAACUAGUGACAAGGACGGUUUGAUCAAACUGGAGUUAAACUCAAGCGAUAGUGUGGAUUCGAUGUACAUAAACUUUUAUAAAGAUGAUGGAUUCUACUUUUAUGAAAGGGUGGUUAAAGAUCAUGCCGUGCCAAAUGCCUACAUCAAACUGGAAUUAAGAUCUCCCAUUCUGGUGAACCGUUUAUUGCAAUUUAUGAUUACGUGCAGCAAUCCUGUGACUUUCUUCACGUACUUCAUAGUGUCCAAAGGGAACAUCGUAGAUUCUAGUACAAUAAGACCGACGAAUCAAAACAAAUAUAACAAAUAUGUCUUUCGGUUGAUCGCCUCGGAGAAGAUGUCUCCUAAGGCAAAAAUUAUCAUAAUGACUGCAGUGAACGGUGUAGUCGUCUACGACUAUGUGGACAUCAAUUUUGAAGACCUCCGGAACAAUUUUGUUGUGAGAAUAGAUAAGCAGAAGGCAGAACCGGGACAACAAAUCGAGCUGCACAUGUCUGGACGACCGGGAGCAUACGUGGGAUUGGCCGCAUACAACAAAAGAUCGACGUUCCGCAAUGAGGACCAUGAAUCUUUCUGGGAUGACAUUAUGCGAAUGUACGGUGGACACGAUUCGAACGCUGAGAACGUGAAAGAAGACAAAUUUCGCAGCAUGGGACUGUUCGUUCGGACGUUGAAUGACAUGAAGUUCAAUGAAGCCCACGGCAUGGCGGCACGUUACGAGUUGCAGAUAAACAAUCCGAUCCCCAAGUCAGAGCCAAAGCUGAGAAGCUUCCCAGAGUCGUGGCUAUGGCAGAACGUUUCUAUUGGAAGAUCUGGAUUGCAGAGGAUGAAUGCGACAGUGUCAGAUACGAUCACAUCCUGGUACUUGACGGGAUUCUCCAUCGAUCCGGUGUACGGUUUGGGCAUCAUCAGAGAGCCGAUCCAGUUCACAACGUUUAAGCCGUUCUACAUCGUGGAGAGUUUACCGUCCUCGAUCAAACGAUAUGAAGCAGUCGAGCUGCAGUUCACACUGUUCAACCUUCUUGAGGAGGAGUACAUCGCUGAUGUGACGUUGUACAAAGUGGACGAUCAGAUGAGGUUCGUUGACCAACCUCUGGAAGAAUCAACUUACAUCAAAUCCGUCAGCGUUCCGUCGAAGGUUGGGGUACCAAUCUCAUUUUUAGUUAAAGCUUUAAAGCUCGAAGCGAUAGUGGUGCGAGUAGAGGCCACGAUCGAGUUGACUAAGUCAAGGCGACUAACGGACGCACUGGAGAAGGUGAUCCGAGUUACGCCAGAAAGUUUGUUACACGCAAGGGAGGAUUCUCGGUUUUUCUCCUUCGAUACAUACCAAAAUAAAACCUUCCGGAUGAACUUGGAUGUCCACAAGAAGGCUGAUAAUGGUUCGCAAAAGAUUGAGAUCCGACUGCGACCCAACCUGCUUACUGAUGUAGUCGGUAACUUGGAUGAAGUACGUAAACCUUCGUCUGAUUUUCUAGAGGAGAUCAUGGUUUGGUUUGUGCCAAACAUCAUGAUGCUUGACUACUUGCAUGCUAUUGGCUCGAAGGAAAAGGAUCUGAUCGAUAAAGCUACUGAUCUUUCGUACCAAGGCUAUAGAAAUCUAACGAAUUUUUACAAGCCGGAUGGUUCGUUUGUAGCGUGGAAUCGUGAAGGCCACUUGUUCCUUACCACCUUCGCUGCAAAGGCGAUGCAAACAGCGUCGAAGUACAUAACCGAGUUUGAUGCGAGUAUGCUUGAGACGACUUGCGGUUGGCUUGCCUGGAAGCAGCACGGUUCGGGAAGGUUCGAUGAGUUCAGUAACGUGGUGCACAUGACUUUGCGAGGUGGUUUGUAUGACAGCAUCCCAUUGACAUCGUACGUGGUGACGGCGCUGCUAGAGAACGAGUACGCCAGAAUGAAGCACGCGGUUGUGAUUGAAAAGGCAAUGGCCUAUCUAAGCGGCAAGGUGGAAACUAUCGAAGAUCCUUACCAGCUAGCAAUUGUGACCUAUGCAUUUAUGUUGAAUGAACACAAGCUGAAGGAUGUGGCCAUCGGAAGGUUGAUCAACAUGUCUAUCAUCACUAAAAAUGGCAAAGAAAAGUACUGGGAGACAGAUAACGGCGUAGAAACAACGGCUUACGCCCUAUUAUCUUACGUGCUGGCGGAGAAGUAUGUGGAAGCUAUUCCGUUGAUGCGUUGGCUGGUGAACCAAAACUUCGUUAAAGAAAGCUACCAACACGUGCAGAGUACCUACGUGGCACUGAAGGCACUAACAAAGUUGGCGGAAAAACUAUCUCCUUCGCGAAACGACUACGCGAUAGAGGUGAAAUACAACCAACCUUCGUCAACCACAACAACGCUCCCGAAACAAACCCUCAUAAACUCACAACAACUCGACGUCAUCAAAUAUGAAAAUAUACCACAGGACACACGGUGGGUAGAAGUCACCGUGGCAGGAGUUGGGUCGGGUAUGCUGGAGGUGAUCUAUCAGUACAGCUUAAAUCUAGUCUACUUUGCGAACCGAUUCGUGCUUGAUGUGGAGAGACAAAAUACAACUUCCGACUAUGAACUGCAGCUGAAUGUAUGUGCUAGUUUUAUUCCAACAUGGUCUGACCAAAGUUCAACCGUUGCGGUGAUCGAGGUGACCUUCCCCAAUGGGUACGUAGUCGAUCAGUAUCCGGUCAGCAGAGAACAGAGUGAAAUAAUGGAAGUUGCUGUUAGGUUUGGUGGCACAUCCGUGUAUGUGUACUAUGACGGAAUGGAUGAGGAACGAAAAUGUUUCACCGUCAACGCUUAUCGGCGGGGCAAUGUGACUAUGAAACAUCCAGGAUAUGUAAUCGCCUACGAUUUGUACAAUCAACAUUUCAAUGCCAUUAAAUCGUACGACGUAGACAAGCAGGAUGCGUGA